GGCCGCCCGGUGUCUGCUCCGCCGCUCAAUGCUCUGCGGCUCUCCCACCCCCUGAACCCGAAAACUCUGCCUCCUCCUGCAGUCACCUCCCCGGCUCCCGGUCCCCCCUCUCUCUCCACCCGGUGAAUGCACCAGCGGCGCAAACAUGACGGGCAUCGCCGCCGCUUCUUUCUUCUCCAAUUCCUGCAGGUUCGGCGGCUGCGGUCUCCAGUUCGAGUCUCUCGCCGAGCUCAUCGUCCACAUCGAGGACAAUCACAUCGACACAGAUCCGCGGGUCCUGGAGAAGCAGGAGCAACAGCAGCCCACUUACCUGGCCCUAAGCUACAUCAACAGGUUCAUGACAGACGCGGCGCGGCGGGAGCAAGAGACCAUGAAGAAGAAGGUCGCUCCCAAACUGUCGCUGUCCAUCACUGGAGGAGUGUCCAGGAACAGCACGGCCACGCCCCCUCGCCACACCAGCGGUAACCUGACGCCUCCCGUCACGCCCCCCAUCACCCCCUCCUCCUCCUUCCGCAGCAGCACACCUACAGGCAGUGAGUAUGAUGAGGAGGAGGUAGACUACGAGGAGUCGGACAGCGAUGAGUCGUGGACCACAGAAAGCGCCAUCAGCUCUGAGUCCAUCCUCAGCUCCAUGUGCAUGAAUGGGGGAGAGGAGAAGCCGUUCGCCUGCCCCGUCCCAGGCUGUAAGAAGAGAUACAAGAAUGUGAACGGUAUUAAGUACCACGCCAAGAAUGGCCACCGCACGCAGAUCCGUGUGAGGAAACCCUUUAAGUGUCGCUGUGGCAAGAGCUACAAGACCUCGCAGGGCCUGAGACAUCACACCAUCAACUUCCACCCACCCGUCUCCACCGAGAUCCUGCGCAAGAUUCAGGGUUAGAUCCCUCUCACCAUCACUACCCCGAACAUAGCCCUAUCCUGACUGUCCUUACCCCACCCUUUACACCCAUCCCCAACACUAAAGGGUCAAGUACGUGCUUUAAGUUUAAUUUUUCUUUUGUCAUCUUUCUGUUUGUAUGUUACAUAUUGUUUUCUAUCCAUUUUAUAUCACUUGUAUUUUUGAAAAAAAAUAUCUUUGUAGUAUUUUUAUUGUUGUAAAUUUGCACAUUCGUAUAUACUAUCACGUUAUUUUGUUCUCUAUUGUUUGACUUACAUAAGGUGCUAACUGUAAAAAACAGAAAGAAAAGACACAAAAACAAACGAUAAGAAAGAAACUGGGGAAACGUUAACAAAGAUGUGAAACAGGAAGUUCAACCAAGCCCUGCCCCUUCACGAAGUUGAGGCUAGAGCUGAUCUGAGUUCAGUAGAAGCUACACUCCAUUUGUACGUAGGUAAGAGAGUUAGCUGAGCUCAGAUCUGUGCCUUCUGUAACUUCUGGGGGUUUGAGUGAAAGAGUCAAGUUAUACUUUAAAUAGAUUUAUUGAUAUAUAAACAAUAUACAGAUACGUAUGUGUACAUAAAAAUAUAUAAAAGUAUUCAUUAGCAUAUACAUAAAUAGUUACACUUUAUUUUCAAGCUUUAUUUUAUAUAUUUUUGUCAGUGUUUUAUUCUUUCUACGUAUAAGUAAGUGUUCCUUUCAUUCCUUAUUUGCUGAGAGGGACAGUUUUGUCACCUCAGAGGUCAAAGGUUAAACAGCUGGCUGACUCUGGGCUCAGAGAGUUUUCUCUCACCCCGCCCCCGAGAGAUAAGGAGCCAAAACGCCUUUCUGUUUGUUACUCUGAAUCAAUAUUUUAAUUCAGGUCAGCGUAUUAUGAAAUGGCCGAGGCCAACAAUCCAUAUCUGAAACGCUUCAGAGCCAUCCAUGUAUUUCAUGUCUCCAGUGUUUCCUCAUUCAGAGUGCCAGAGCUGUGUUCAAGAGACUAAGUCCUGAUUGCCAUCACGCUGUAUUCCAGUUGCCAAGGUCUUUGUUGUGUUUUUUUCCAUGAUGUUGCCAUCAGCUCUCCACUGCCAAACAUUGACCAUGCCAUGUGCCUGGGG